AUGGUGGCUGUGAUAGGAACGGUGAGUCCUUUUGCCAGAGAAUCCCAGUCUUGGGAGGAAUACAGCGAGAUGCUGGAGGUUUUUUUCGAGGCAAAUGAGAUAGAUGACGCUGAUGAAAAGAAAGCUGUUUUGUUAAGUGGAGUGGGUUCGGCUACAUACAGCUUGCUGAGGAGCUUGUUAAGCCCGGAAACGCAGAAAGACAAAACUUAUGAUGAGCUCAUACAAAUACUCCAGACUCAUUUCAGCCCCAAGCCAAGCCAGAUUGUGCAGAGAUUUAAAUUCAACUCCAGAAUGCAAAAGACCGGAGAAACUGUGGCUGAAUAUGUGGCUGAGUUGAGGAGGCUGGCUCAACACUGUGAAUAUGGAGACGUUUUGCCGCAGAUGCUCAGAGACAGACUGGUGUGUGGUGUUCAGGAUGACUGGAUGCAAAGAAGGCUGUUGUCAGAAGCCGACCUGACGUUUGAAAAGGCUCUUAAGUUGUGCCAAGCUAUGGAGUCUGCUUCUAAAGAUGUCAAAGAUUUGAGGAGGACUUUGUUGGAGGAUCUUCCGGCAGCUUCUCGCUCAUACGGGGGCCAGGCGGUGCACAGGCUAGCCAUGGAGAAGGCCCAGCGGAAGGUUCUCAGCUGUUAUAGGUGCAAUGGUCAGCCCGUAGCAGCUGAAUGCAAGUUCGCUUCUGAGCUGUGUCAUAAAUGUGGGAAACGGGGUCAUAUUAAAAGAGCCUGCCGAUCAAAGAUGUUGCCGCAGGUGAGCCACAAGGGGGUGCAUGGGGGCCUAAAGAACAGCAAGAGGGACUCACAUAAAGAAGGGAGAGCUCACAUGCUGAGAGAGGGGGAGCAGAGUGACAGAGGACACAGAGGGAAUAAAUACCAUUUAUAA